AUGUCAGGGUCCAAACGCACCACGGAGGUGUUCACAGUGGAUGAGGUGGGAGAGGAGGUGGAGAGAGCCAGCGACAACGGCAAUAGGUACAUGUAUGAGAGCUAUGUUCAGCCCUGCCUGGCCGAGCUGUUCGGGACCAGCCUGCUUGUGUUCGUUGGAUGUUCGUCUGUCAUCGGGAAUGUGGGAUCCGGCGUCCUCCAGCCUGCUCUGGCCACCGGACUGAUACUGGGAGUGCUCAUCAUGGUGUUCGGGAAAAUAAGUGGGGGCCACUUUAACCCUGCAGUGACUCUGAGCGUCUACUUGUGUGGAGGGAUGGAGCUGAUCCUGACGGUACCUUACCUCGUAGCCCAGAUUCUAGGAGGGAUGAUCGGUGCUGCUUUGACAAAGGCCAUAUACCCGACCAGCUUGUACGACUUCGCCCUCGGAGGAGCCAUUCAACCCGGCACCAGCGACCUGAUUGAAGCCACGGUCGCAGAGAUGAUGCUGACCCUGAUCCUCACCACGGUGGUGUGUCUGGGCGAAGUCAACGAUCACACCCGCUCGCCGACGGCUCCGUUCUGCGUCGGCCUCACGGUGACGGCCAACAUAUUAGCAGGAGGGAUUCUGUCCGGCGCCUGCAUGAACCCCGUCCGAGCCUUCGGUCCUGCAGUGGUUGCCAACCAUUGGACCCAUCACUGGAUCUACUGGGUCGGACCCAUGGGUGGUGCACUGCUCACUGUCACCUUCGUCAGGUUGUUCUUUGGUGACCAGAGGACUCGUAUUAUGCUGAAGUGA